AUGACGUCAGCAGCACGUAAAUUCCCUGCCUCACGGCUUGAGCGCUCUUUCGCCUCUCUCGCGCGGCUCCGACGGCCGGUCUGCUCUCAGUCUCUGGACGACCCAACACCGAAACAGCCAAAAUGAUCAUCUACAAGGAUAUCGUCACCGGUGACGAGAUGUUCACUGAUGCCUUCCCCAUCAAAGAAGUCCACGACGGGUUCAUGUUCGAAGUUGAAGGAAAGAGAGUCUGCAGGACCGAGACAAUUGAUGAUAAUCUCCUCGGGGCCAACCCUUCAGCAGAGGAGAUGUCUGAGGGAAAUGACGCCGCAACAUCAAGCGGCAUUGACAUCAUCCUCAACCAUAAACUGUCACCUUCGCCUUUUGAUAAGAAGACUUACGUAUCCUACAUUAAGGAAUAUAUGAAGAAGCUUAAGCUCAAGAAGGAAAAGGAGAAUCCAGAUGGAGUGGAUGCAUUCACAAAAGGCAUGGCUGCUGUCGUCCAGUCCCUUGUUAAAAACUUUAAGAACUACGAGUUUUAUACUGGAGAGAGCAUGAACCCAGAAGGCAUGGUCGCACUCCUGGAUUACCGUGAGGAUGGCAUUACGCCAUUCAUGCUUUUCUUCAAAGAUGGUCUGGAGAUUGAGAAAUUUUAAAUGACCUGGAUCUACAUUUCAAUUUCCUAAACGCCCCAAAGGAAAGAUCAUUAUUUUCCAUCAUGUCUGAACGAAACCAUCUUACACGUACACAAUUUCUUUAUGUAUUAUGUACCACUCCCAAGGCAAGGUGAUCAGAACAGUCAUCAGAUUUUAAUAACCUCUUUGUGGCUUUUGCAGUGUCAGAUUUUUUUUUUUGUCCCACGUUUUGCAAUUUGAAAAUAAAAGGCAGGACAGUGAGCAAAGCUCUGACGAACUGAAAGAUGCUAUUUUCUUCCUAUGCAUACUGUUUUAGCAAUGAUCCAUACAGAUUGACCUCGUCGUCGGACCUCUGUGUUUAUGACUGCAUCAAAUUAAAUUCCAUCUACAAUAAAGGCUUGAUUUGAAAAUAAAAACGAAUACCACCA